AACGUCGACGACAUAUUACCUGCCUCUAUCUUAAUCCAUUCUAAUUCUAUAACUAUUACUACUACUACUCUUACGGCUUAACGUCUUUCGUUUACACCAACUCCAAUUCUUCACUUCGGCAAUAACAAAUUCCACGGUCUGGACCAAGAAAUAAUAGGAUUAAAUACUACUACAUAACACCGUUUCAUCAUGAGUAGUGAACCUACAGCCACGAAACCUAAUCCCCCCGAGCGAUCGGAUUCAUCUUCCUCUUCCUCUGUGGAAAAUCAGGAGAUUCACACACCUGUCCCAAUUCGACCGCGCUUGCCCAAUCGCAAGAGUAGUGGCACCCUCAUAGUUCCUCGAGAUUCAUCACAAGUCGGGCCCGUCGAACCGGAUCUAGAGCCAGACGAUGUAAGGGCAAUGAGUCCGCGAAGGACUAGCGAAGAUAUCGAGGUUAUGGGACGUGAGGCAAGGGAAGAACUGCAUAAACACGCCAGAGCAUUGCAAGAUUCUCUUUUGAUGAUUUUCAACCGAAUAGAAGCUGUUAGGGAAGAACACGAUAAACUGGAUAACCAUAACAAGUUUCUGCAAAAGUAUAUUGGCGACCUAAUGACGACAAGCAAGAUCACUUCAACCACUCGGGGCAGAAAAUGAGCGAUCGUUUAGAUGGCUACAUUGGGGGCGGGAGAAGAGUAUCAGAGGGAAGCGGGGCGGCAGCGGGCGUCACAUUGCGACAAUGGCGUCUAUGAUACCCAUAUACCAUUUUUUGCGAUUUUAUAUAUCGCCUGCGACACCGAAGAAUGAACUCGAUGCAUUUAUACGACACAUCGCCAAUAAAGUUCACCUGGUAGUCACUCGUCGCUUUUUUAUUUUUUAUUCCUCGGAGUUCGGCUCAGCCGAAUGCAUGGGUCGACUCAAUUCCGGAGACUUCGAUUCUGAGUGUGUUAUCAGCAGUGCUACGCUAGAUGGGGUGGUUGAUGAGAGCUGUACUGUGGUUUUAUAUCAAAGAGGGUAUCCGGUGUUGAAAAAGAGUUUAUAUACCACUGCCGUUUCAUGACUUACA